AUGCAGAUUGAUUUUUAAGGCAAAUAAAAUCUAAAUUAGAUAGUAUUUUCUGUAAAAUUGUCAUAUUAUCUAUUUGUUUACAAAUUAUUCAAAACUUUGUCAUCCUAAAAUUGUUUGCUUAUGACCCAAACAAUUGCAUCAAAUACCAAGUCAAUUGUAACAGCCAACCAACUAUCAGAGAACAAACUUAAUUCUCUCAACUAACUAAUAAUUUAUUGUUAAGUUAUAGUGGGGGCCAAUAAUGAAGCAAUUUAACAUUCUAGUGUAAAGACAUAGGCUGCUUCCUCUAUAAUUAAUAAUACAAGCUAUUUGAGAGUUUCAUUAGCAAAUAACUAUAUUUGUAGGCUAUCUUAUUCUAGAGUUUCAUUAAUAUCCUUCAUUUGUAUUCAACUUUUAAUAGUUGCAUUCAAGAGAGUAUUAUAGAUAGCUUGA